AUGCCCUCGAAUUCUAACAAGGUCAUGGUUACCUUGGAAAGCAUGCAGACGAUAAGCACUUUUAAAGAGCUUUCCAUUAGACUCAAAUGUCACAAGAGCUGCAAAGAAAUCCAACAUUACGAUUCUAACACAGUGAGUGGCUUGUACAAGAUCCGUCCAUUGCAGAAUGCUGAACCCAUUGAGGUUUACUGCGAACUAGAAACUGAAGGAGGUGGCUUUACUUUCCUUCCUGGAAGCCUCACUCUAAGAUCAGAUGUUCAGCAGAUCAUCAAUGCCCUUUUUAAGGACAGGAAAAACGUUUUGCUAAUGCUGCGGAAACAAGUCGACUGGACCGAGUCUUACACUCUGAUCCAGCCCCAUCCCAAUUUCGUCAACACUGAUUUUGGAGUUUUGAUCAAUAGCUACUCUGGAUACACUGCACCAGAGAACAAAUUCAUGAGAAAUUACAUCUUCCUUGGCAUCAUUCCAGCAUCAGCAGCAAAAAGUAAAAGAAACCAAGGCUUCAGAUCCAACGGAAACGUUAUCCAGUUUUACAACUGCGAUGCAAAUCCAAACAGCCUUUUUGCGUUCAUGCCAAAUUUUUAUCUUCAAUCUCCAAGCAGCUAUGCUUCGCAUUCAAGUUACGAAGACAAAGGCCUCGCAGUGAACUGGUGCUCAAAGGGUAUUUCCAUCACAUAUCGUGAUCGCAUGCCUAACAAAUUCUACUUCUUGACGGAGCUCCAUUUUGGAGGCUGUGGCUGUUACACCUCCAGCAACCGCUGGAAGGAUGGCUUUAACGCUGCCGCCAUUGGUAUUCGCUGAGAACUUACUAACUUUCCCUUCCAGCUUGAUGAUGAACGAGCUGAAAACUGAUGGUUUAAUUCAAAAGUAAUUUUUCGGUGGUUGUUAUAACCAGUGAAUUUGCUUCUGCGCCUUAGCCAGAUAAGGAUCGUAGGGGCCAUACACGCCAAUCAAAAAUACUUUGACCCCGGUAGGAUUCCAACUAACGACCUCCGGAUUAGAUCACCAUUGUUCCAACAGACUGAGCGACGAGACCAGGUGGACGCAGGCCCGGCGAAGUAGCUUAGUAGUCCGCCCAGUCGGGGUGGUGGGCAAUGUGGAUCUAAUCCAGACGUCAUGCCCUCGAAUUCUAACAAGGUCAUGGUUACCUUGGAAAGCAUGCAGACGAUAAGCACUUUUAAAGAGCUUUCCAUUAGACUCAAAGUAAGCUUGGCUAUAAGCUAAUCAAAAGCGAACCUCAACAGACAAAUGUGUAAAGAUGUGAAAACUGGAUUGAUUGCAUUGCUUUGUGGAAGGUUAGAUUAUUUUUUUAGAAUUCUUUCGAUUUACAUAUAACUUUUUAUAUUUCAUAUUCUCGGGUGACUGUAUUGCAUUGUAUUCUACAUUUAGAACAUUUUUGAGUUGCGUUUUGCCUCUGCUUCAAUACGUGCGCAAACUUUUCUUUAUUGAACAAAAUAACCAUAACUCCAUGAAAGAUCAUAUAUUCGAACUCUGUAUCUUCACCAACUACGGGUAUAUUACUGAAAAACUCAAAACGAGCCUAGCUCCCGGUUGGCUAGAUAGCUCAAUUGGUAGAGCACUGCACCGGUAUCGCAGAGUUCGUGGGUUCGAAUCCCGUAAAAGCCUGAAUUUUUUUCAAGCUUUAAUUCCACAGCUGCCUAAGCUGGGUAUAUAACUGCGAUGAUCAAUCAUGUCUUCAUAUCAUUCUCCGCAGUUCAAAUAUAUGCU